UCUGUCUCAUUGUUCUAUCUGUGAUUUUGGUGUUGGCUCUGUAACUAUCAAACGUUAGUUACCUAACUGCCAUGAGCUUGCGUUCCUUCAAUGCCUAUGGUAUUUCUUUGUUCGAAUAUCCUCAUACAGUAAAUGCUACAUCUUAUAUCUCGAAAGUAUUAAACUUGUUAUUAGAACCGUCAUUGAAAGAGACAACAUCCAACAGUAGCUAGCCUGCUAACGUUAGCUAGCUAGCUUCCUAGCCUUUUGCUGAGCUGGAUCGUAACACUGACCCACCGAAACAAAAGUACCUAAAUGUUAUGAACUCGUAACUGUACCUAGCUACACAUAGACAAUUUGCUAUGAUGUCUGAAGCCAUCGUAACCUUCCAGUCUCAGCUCUCCGGAGUCAUGGAGACGGUAUUCAAGGCUGCUAUGUACGAGAUCACAAGGCUGGUGGAGGAUAGCUUCCUGAAGGAGAUGUCCCGCAGCCGGGAGCAGGUCGAGUCGCUGAAGAAGCGGCUACAGUGGUCGGAGAACAGACGCAGGGACAGAGAGGGAGACCAGAGGGGGAAGUGUGCAGACUGUGGAAGAGCUGACGGAAGCCAAGGAGAAGCUCUGGAACCUCACAGACAGAGGGUGAAUGGGUGUGGAGAGGGGGCGUGGCCUGAAGCAGGAGAAGGGGCCGAUGGUUCAGACGUCUCGGGGCCCAGUAAGAGUUUUAUUCAGCAGGAUCUACAGCGGUGCCAGGAUGACUGGGCUUCUGGUCUAGAGCAGCAUCCUGAACCACCGGGCCCAGAGGGAGACCCCAGCCAACCUCUCUACCGCCCCCGCUACAGCAUGGAGGAACUGGGGGUCGGCUUUGAGAAGUCUGGUUACGGCAGUAGUGGUAGUGGCGACCAUCUUCUAGACAUGGAAGGGCUGGAUAGGCUUCCUGGUUCUCCGUCUCGUCUGGGGGGGCUGAGCUACAGAGCUGCAAGUCACUACCAGGUGGACCUGGGGGAGGGUUACCUGCAGGACUCAGCGUCGUGUACCCAGAACAUGGUGUCCCAGAGUCAGGGUAACAGAGCCGGCCACAGGGGGCUAACCUCCAUCCACUCUGGAAGCUCAGCCCACAACAACACAGAGAGCCUGUAUGGUGCCGCUGACGACUUGGACUCUUUAAACCUCAGAGAUCGUUCACAGAGCAGGGUCUGGGCCUCCUACUCCUGCACCCAGUGCGGUAAGACCUUCACCCAGGCCUGCAACCUCAAGGUCCACCAGCGAGUCCACCAGGCCAAGGGACUCCACCUCUGCAGCCACUGCGGCAAGGGCUUCACCUCCUUCUCCGACCUGAAGAGGCACAAGUGCAGCCAGACCACAGACAAGCCCUACUGCUGCUCCAUCUGUGGGAACAAGUUCAGUCGGCUCUGGAACCUGAAGGUGCAUCAGCGCAUUCACACGCAGGAGAAACCCCACUGCUGCAAUAUGUGUGACAAGAGCUUCACACGGGCAGACAUUUUGAAAGUGCACUGCGCACCCACACUGGGGAGAGACCGUGCUGCUGUUCUGUGUGUGGACUCAGCUUCAAACGACUGGCACAUCUGAAGUCACACCAGCGCAAACACAGGCCAAAUCACCUGGACUGAUUUUUUUAUU